UUUAGCACUCUCGUGGCAGCUAACGCUACAGUAGCUAACAGCUAGCUCGCUAGUUUGUAACAAUGAGCUGAGAUGCGGGCAAACGCGCCAACACCGGUCCAACUAGUCUCACAGUUUCCAUAUUUUGGGCUCUGACAAACACGGUUUCGUCAUAUGAAUUAGGAGCGCCAUCUGCCUUACCUUCUUUGUCCGCCAUCAUGUUUCUUGUUUAACCGCUAAUACUUAUACAAAAAUGCGUAUUUUAUGGGAGAGCGCUUUGAAGGCUGCACGAGCGCUUGCAAUGGCGCCAACUCCGUAGAAGACUAUCAGCCAAUUGCUGAAGAGUAAACUGAACCGGAAGUGCGACACAACUUGAGUGUGCCGCCUACCGACCGUAGUCAAACCGAGAGAGCCUGUUCUACACGACGUGCCUGAAGUUCUUUUCCGGCAAACUCUUUGAACGCUGAACGAUUUGUGGCCGAAAUGGACGACCGCAAGCUAGACCUGACGGAGGCCCAGGAAAAAACCAAAUCAAAAUACCCGCCAAUUGACAAGAAAUACGAAUACUUGGAUCAUACAGCAGAUGUACAGUGAGUGUUUCAUGGAUGGCUAAAUUACCAGCAGAUCUGACUAAUUUUGAAUCCACUCCUGGGGAGGAUCUUUGGAGGAAGCCUUUGAGCAAUGUGCCAUGGGAAUGUUUGGCUACAUGACAGACACGGAAACAGUUGAACCGAUUGAUACUGUUAAAGUGGAGUCAGAAGGUGAUGACAUGGAAUCUCUGCUUUUCCAUUUCCUUGAUGACUGGCUAUACAAGUUUAGUGCAGAAAUAUUCUUUAUUCCUAGGGAAGUUAAAGUUUUGCACAUAGACAGAAUGCACUUUAAGAUUCGUUCCAUCGGGUGGGGUGAAGAAUUCUCUUUGGCAAAGCAUCCACAGGGUACAGAAGUGAAAGCCAUUACAUACUCUGCAAUGCAAAUCCACGACAAGGAAAAAGCUGAGAUAUUUGCAAUUGUUGAUAUCUGAUGCCUGAAAAAUGUUCAUCACGUGUUGGUUCGUUGGGACUGCAAUACUUUUUAGCCAUAUUAAGUGGCAUUAUUUUUACGUAAGAAAUGACAGAUCUGAAUUGUAACUUAUUGUUUGCUUCUAAAUUCUGUAGCAGAUUCAUUAUUUAUCAUGAGUGCUUCAACAAAAGACAAUAAUAACUAAAUCAUGAUCUGAUUUUUUUGAAACGACUUGUCCAGGGUGUACCCCGCCUUCCGCCCGAUUGUAGCUGAGAUAGGCUCCAGCGCCCCCCGCGACCCCCAAGGGAAUAAGCGGUAGAAAAUGGAUGGAUGGAUAUUGCUAUUAAAAGGGAACUGCA